GAUUUGGGACACUCCAGCUGGAAACUUCUUCAUCAUCUCACGUUGAGAUUUCCCGAGCAUCCUACACACGAAGAGAGCAAAAAGCUAGAGCAGUUCUUCUACUUGUUCUCUGAGCUCUACCCGUGCGACGAAUGCAGUCAUCAUUUCCAGCAGAUACUAUCUAAAUUCCCUCCACAGACAUCCUCUAACCACGAUGCUUCAAGUUGGUUAUGCGGUAUGCACAAUCUAGUCAACCAGCGAUUGAACAAGCCUAGCUUUGAUUGCUCGACGCUCUCUGACCAUUUUGAUUGUGACUGCAGU